CUUUACAGAAUUACUGCUUGGAGAAAGAUGGUUGUUCGACAAUACAAUGAUGAGCUCAAGUUCCUUGAGCGCAUCAUGCCAAACUGCUGGCGAAUCAAGAAGGGGUUCCAGCCCAACAUGAAUGUGGAUGGAAUCUUUUAUGUGAACGAUCACCUAGAGAAACUCAUGUUUGAUGAGCUACGAAAUGCUUGUCGUCCUGAUGGUGGAGGCUUUUUGCCAGCUAUGAAGCAAAUUGCAAAUGUUGCAGCUUUACCUGGUAUUGUCGGGAGGUCGGUUGGCCUACCUGAUGUCCACUCUGGCUAUGGAUUUGCAAUUGGUAAUAUGGCAGCUUUUGAUAUGGAUAACCCGAAAGCUGUAGUGUCUCCUGGAGGAGUAGGAUUUGACAUAAACUGUGGAGUUCGUCUUCUUCGUACCAACUUGAUGGAAAAUGAUGUUAAGCCUAUCAAGGAACAGCUGGCCCAAUCAAUGUUUGAUCACAUUCCUGUGGGUGUUGGUUCAAAGGGUAUCAUCCCCAUGACGGCACGAGACUUGGAGGAAGCCCUAGAGAUGGGCAUGGACUGGUCACUAAGAGAAGGCUAUAUAUGGGCUGAAGAUAAGGAACACUGUGAAGAGUAUGGGCGAAUGGCACAGGCUGAUCCUGCCAAAGUUUCAAUGCGAGCUAAGAAAAGGGGGCUGCCACAGCUAGGUACUCUGGGUGCUGGCAACCAUUAUGCAGAGAUCCAGGUUGUGGAUGAAAUAUACGACAAGUGGGCGGCCAGCAAGAUGGGAAUCGAGGAGAAAGGCCAAGUUUGUGUCAUGAUUCACUCGGGCUCCAGGGGAUUUGGCCAUCAAGUAGCUACAGAUGCCCUUGUUGCCAUGGAAAAGGCCAUGAAGAGAGAUGGCAUUGACACAAAUGAUCGACAGUUAGCAUGUGCCAGGAUCAAUUCCCCUGAAGGCCAGGACUACCUCAAGUCAAUGGCAGCAGCAGCUAAUUUUGCCUGGGUUAAUCGUUCAUCCAUGACGUUCCUCAGCCGACAGGCUUUCGCCAAAAUGUUUCAAACGAGUCCUGAUGACCUUGACAUGCAUGUGAUAUAUGAUGUUUCACACAAUAUUGCCAAGAUUGAACAACAUUGGGUUGAAGGGAAACUACGUACAUUGCUGGUUCACAGGAAGGGUUCUACACGUGCUUUUCCACCACAUCACCCACUGAUUCCGGUAGACUACCAGUUGACUGGCCAACCUGUCCUCAUUGGAGGAACAAUGGGCACCUGUUCCUAUGUUCUCACGGGUACAGAACAAGGCAUGAUGGAAACAUUCGGGUCAACCUGCCAUGGUGCUGGACGUGCCCUUUCUCGUGCCAAAUCUCGGAGGAAUUUGGACUACACAGAUGUCCUUAAUAGGCUUGAGCAGCAAGGUAUAAGUAUUAGAGUAGCUUCACCCAAAUUGGUGAUGGAAGAGGCACCGGAAUCAUAUAAAAAUGUAACGGAUGUUGUUGAUACCUGUCAUGCAGCUGGUAUUAGUAAGAAAUGUAUUAAGUUACGUCCAAUUGCUGUUAUAAAAGGGUAGACUUUGUUUUGCUUCAAAGAUUUUUCCUUAUGAUUACCAAGUCAUUACAUUGGUCUGAAUGUAUUACAGCGAAUGAGCAUUAUUAGAAUUUAAGUAAACAUUUAUAUACCGUGAACAAUAAUGUAACUGAAGUAAGCAAGCAGUUCAUAUACAUUUCAAUAUUUUAUUUGUUACUGAAAUACUUAUAACAUCUGUAUUUGAAAUAUUUAGUGUUCCCAGUAUGCAUGCAUGCAUUUUGUGAUAUGAUACAAAAUUAAAGAAACUAAAUCACACUUUCUACUAAUUUAUUGUCAGCUAUGUAAUGUUCAAUGAAAAUAAAUUUGUAAAAGCGUUUAGCU